CCGCUUUCUUUUAUCAAAACUUAGACAUGUUCGUGAGCUGCAUAUCAAAAAUACUUUCCUCUAAUCGGUGUUUUUUUUCUCAAGACGCCAAAUACUAUUGACAAGCGAGAUGAAGCGAAGGAAAGGUGGACAAAGCUUACACAGAAAGAGAAGGACGUUAGAGUGAGAGGGAUGCAGCAGAAGACUGGUGGCUGUUUGGAUGAGCAGAAGCAGCAGAGAAGAGAGGAUAUCUCAGCUCUCUCCAGUCUCCAGCAUCCUGAGAGAGAAACCACAGCACGGGCAUCCUGCACCUCCUUCCACACUUGCUCAUACACAUGCACUCUUAUCUGGAUGAAACAAGCUGUUGUUUUUGCUGGAUGAAUCCUAAGUAUCAGCAUCAUUUGCAUAUAAAUAACAGCUUGGACAAAAGACUCAGCUGAGGUUGACGUUAUUCAUAUGUCUCUUCCUCUUGUGCUGAAUUAUUUGGCACCUGGAAGACGAGCAGGUGUUACACCUGGACAACUAAAAAUGUACAGAAAGCUUGUAACGCGACAAAACAGGACAAACACCAAGGGGGAUGAAUACUUUUGCAAGACACUGUAUGGCAUGAAAUGUACAGGGAGACUCAGAAUGGUGCAUAUGGACUAGUGCAAUAUAUAAGACAUACAGGAGACAAACACAAGAAUUACAGAUAUGCAAUUAUCAUUCCUAUGGACCCUGUGCCAAAUUUCCAUCAUGAGAUCAGAGACACAAGUGCAUAUUUUGUCAUGUGAUUGGAUUCAAGGAUGCAGCGAGGACCAUGAUUCUCAACGAGGGAUUUUUUUCUGGAGGCAGGCUCAUAUUGUCAAGAGGGUAACCUCAUAAUACUAUGAUUCUCCAGCCCUAUUUUCAUAUAAAUGGUUGGAUUGUGCUCUCAUUGCCAAGUUUGAGUGUCUGAGAGCCUCUCACUGAGCCUAGCCCAUCAACACCUGCAACAUUCUCAUAUAUACACAUAGGUUUAUUUAUCAAUGAAUGAGGAAUGUUCAAGCUGGAAAUUCCACAGAUGGAACCAUUUAGUCAGAGGAUCCCAACUUUCUGCAAGGUCCACUGCCAAAAAGUUCCAAAAAUUGAUUUUCCUGAUGUGCUUGAAACAAAUUCAAGUGAUUUAAGGAGCAAAACCCAAAGAUUGUUGUUUUAACUUUCUCCAGUCACGGACAGGUUUGGGGAAUAAAGGAUUAAAUAAACACCAAGCUUAAACCUCACCACUGUUACUUUUAAAACGAAGGUAUUUUUAAAUCAAUUUUAUCAAAUGACUGAAAUAUUUACAAGGACGAUAUCAUUGAUGAAUACUAGCUUGAUUGAAGUUGGUUUACCAAAAUCAGAAUAAAAUGGCUGAAGCUACAGAAUAUAAUGGCACUGAAAGCAUGCUUUCUUCCACUGACCUUCCUUUCAAUUUCACCAUUGAAUAUGACGAUUUUCAAUCAGAGUCCAAUGCUAGCAAGAUCAUCAUCCCUUCUAUCUAUGCCCUAGUCUGCUGUGUGGGCAUCAUAGGAAAUGCUAUGGUUAUAUAUGUCAUCCUCAAGUAUGCCAAGAUGAAAACGGCAACCAAUAUUUACAUUUUGAACCUUGCAAUCGCGGAUGAACUCUUCAUGUUGAGUGUUCCAUUUCUGGCCACAUCAGCUGCAGUGCGUCACUGGCCCUUUGGAUCAAUGAUGUGUCGGCUGGUCCUUAGCGUGGAUGGCAUAAACAUGUUCACCAGCAUUUUUUGCUUGACUGUGCUCAGUGUGGACCGCUAUAUUGCAGUGGUGCACCCCAUCAAGGCAGCACGCUACCGCCGACCUACUGUUGCCAAAGUGGUUAACAUCUGUGUGUGGGGACUUUCACUUCUUGUCAUCUUGCCCAUCAUUAUCUUUGCAGACACUGUUCCAGCACAGGAUGGAGGGGUAGACUGCAACUUUCUGUGGCCUGAGUCCUCAUGGUCAGAAGCAUUUGUGGUCUAUACCUUCUUGCUGGGCUUCUUGCUUCCUGUGGCAGCUAUCUGCCUGUGUUACUGCAUGAUUGUGGUGCGUAUGAGAGCAGUAGGGCUCAAGGCAGGAUGGAUGCAGCGGCGGCGCUCUGAGAAGAAGAUCACUUGCAUGGUGCUACUGGUGGUCACUGUCUUUGUGCUUUGCUGGAUGCCGUUUUACAUAGUACAGCUUGUGAGUGUGUUCUGCAAACCACCAGAUCCCAUAGUGACUCAGCUGUUUCUCAUUCUAAGCUAUGCUAACAGUGGUGCUAAUCCUAUACUAUAUGGAUUUGUUUCCGACAACUUCCGGCGCUCCUUCCAGAGAAUUGUGUGCUUCCGCUGGUUGGAAAAUGGGCCGGAUGCAGAGCAGGUGGACUACUAUGCUGUGGCCCUCCGGCGGCAAACAACAUGUGGUCCACAGGACUUCCCUAAAGAGUGCUUCUUAGCCUCUGAUAUGGUGUUUCGCAACGGAACAUGUACCUCUCGUACCACUAACCUGUAAUUUUUUUUCUCUGAGUGUUUUCAAAAUAAAAAAACAAAUACCCUG